AUGAUGGAUGCCGCCAAUGAACUCAACUGCCUGAUAGAAUCAAUGAAAGCGACCCCGUUGAUGUUCAUUGGACAGCUAUUUCCUAUUAUUUACCGUCUACCGAUCAUUGGCCAUAUGUCCAAAGGACGAUUCGUAGACAUGAUCUCGGGACUUCGUCGUACUAUCAGAGAGGAUGUAGCGAAAGCGUUGGAAUCAUAUACGGUUGACCAGGAGCCUGAAUGUCUAGUUCAAGCGUAUUACCAGAAAAUGCAGAGCAAUCCCUUUUUGAAUGCAGCUAUCCAAGAACUUCAACGACGGGCAAAUAUUCUUCCAAUGAAUGUCGUCCAUCGGACUGAGGCGAUUGAUCACCUCUGCCCAUUCUCCAUGGGAAAACGGCAAUGUGCUGGAGAGGCUUUGGCUAGAGUUGAGCUUUUCAUUGGUGUCGUCAUACUCCUUCAAAACUACAAGAAUCGAACCUGCCAGAGGACGGACGCAUUGACUUGA